AACUCCAACUGUCACUAACGAUAGGAACAUUUUUUUUUUUUAAAGACAAAAGAAAGAUAAAUCCCGUUCAUCAUUUGAUCUUCGGUUUCGCAUUGUUUGUUCAGUGUCAUUACGGAAACUAGGAGCCAUCUUUGUUUGACGUUCUUCUAGGCUAAAUUUAGAGACAACAGCUGGAAAACCUUGUUGUGCAACAGGUGUCCAAGGCCAACAGGAAAUAAAAACAGUUGAUCAAACAGGUGGUAAGGUGUUUUUCGUAUGAUGAAUGUGUCUGUGAAUUUCAAUGAGUAGCUGUACCAUCACCAAUCACAUUCGUCAAGAUGACGAGUCAGGCUAUCCCACAAAAGGUUACAAUUCAUGCUGGGAGUGGGUGGCUUCCUUGCCUGGAGAUCAUGAGGUUCCAAAUGUGAAUGCUGACUGCAACUCUACUGCCGAACCCAUAUUGGCCGGCAGUGACUUUAUUGUCAGGAAGAGAGGGAUCUUGGGACUCAACCAUGGGGGAAAGCACAGUGCAACAGAUGUCUAUCAACUGGCUCAGGCCACUAGAAAGGCCAGAGAUAGGCUAUCCGUGGUAUCUGCUGUCGAAGGAUCUGGUACCAAUUUCAGAGAAAGAGUCAGCCAAGACAGAACGGCCAUGCUUCGUACGGCCUUUGCGUCUCAGCGUCUGGACAAGACCAAUUCAGAGGGAACAUUCUCUUUUGAUUCUUCCACAUUGGAGGCUUUUGGACUGUGCGACGAUGAAGACAGUUUUCCAUCAGCCGAAGAUUUGCUUAUAGAAAUGGGAUUUGGGGGACCAUCUCACGGAUUAGACAGAGUGCCCGAACGUUUCCUCCAGCCGUCUCAGAUGCGUGGUGUGGAUAUCGACCAAUUCUACCAAACCCAACAAGAAUUGAAUGAUACUUUCGAAACUGGUUCACUGGGCUACAGGGGACUGGUGGGUCCUCCCACACGUCGACCAUCGAAUAUCGUUGCUCGUUUGUACGAACGGAUGUUACGCAAAAAUUCAGGACCGACAAGUUGCAGCAGCUUCGAGUAUCCACCAGGACAAUCGGCCGAACCGCUCACUUUAAAAUUGCCCCAUCCGGAAGUGUUGGUGGAAAUGGAAGAAUCGGCCGUGACGCCCACUAAUGCGCUUUCUGCUAGUUUCAACACUCACCCAAUGAUGAAACCUCCAGGUUCACAUAAUUCCAGCUUGGCCAGCUCACGAAGAUCAAGCCUUCGGCGCCAAGAACGCGUAGACCAUGAAGAAGAACCUACGGCAUGUGCUGAGCCUGCGGAAGACAUUCUCUGCCAACAAUCGGAGCAAAGUAGUGGUUUCAUUAGUGGACGGAUGCUGGCCAAUGCGCUUCUGCCAACUGUCUAUGUCACCCCACCACCCUCCACGGUUUUUUCACAAGCAAGUCUCGACAUGCCGGAAUCAAUCACCACUCACGAGAUUGAUCCGAUAAUAUCCGUAUUGCAGCUGGCUACGGAAGCGUAUCGGGUCCGUCUUUCUUCUGCCCAAAAGCCAGCUACUGAAGAAAACGAUGGAUGCGAUUGGAAUCAUAAUUUAGACGAUGUCAAAGAAGAAUUACGUAGCGAGCUGGACAAGACGGACGAUUUACUGCAGAGGCUUCAGCAACGCUUAUCUCACGCGCGUUCCAUACACCAGACGUACGAUUCCUCUGCUCUCCGCGGAGUCCUGAGUGAUAUGACUACCUUGUUGCAGCAACAGCAGCGCCUUUAUAGGCGAGUUAACGAAGCUAGACUUGAUCAAUUGGAAACUUCUCAGCACUUUCACGUCAAUCAUCUCGAAAACGUUGCGUGUCCUACACCGGCAAUAUCGGCAUUGCCUACCGCAGAACAGCUUUCUUCUAGUCAAUCAAGCACUAAUGUCUCAUAUUGUUCUAACGACGUCGAUGACGUUCAUCAUUUUGGCAACUCGUGGUUACGUUCGUUUGAGCGCCGUUUGACGGCCCAGAUACGUAAAACUGUGCGCCAGGAAUUGCGUCGAACAAGGCCUAUUUUCGCACGCUCAAAAUUAAAGAAAAAUCCAAUUUAAUUGGAUAUGCAUUUUAGAAAUUUGAUUUUUUUUUUCAUUCAUAUCAAAUAUAAUCAGAUGGGAAUUUUUUCUGCUUCGAAAAAACUUGUACUUUUUUUUUCUUUUUCUUUGUUAGAAUAUUUUUUUUUUCAACAUAUAAAUUUAACGUGGGUUUUCUUUGCUUCAAACAUUUUGGUAAGGGGGGGAAUUCAACACGAAAGAAAAAAAACAUGCCAGGAAAACUAUUUAACACAAUCGUUUGCCCUAGAGUAUUUGGGUGAAUAAACGUGUUUCGUACGUGUG